AUGGACAGCGCAGGAGUGAAGGAGGACUCAACUGACCCUUGGCCCAAGCCGGCCAAAUUGCCACGACGUGGCACGUCUCUUUGUGGGGUGGUCCUGGCGGAGGCUACAUGCGAGCGGUCCGAUGACCAGUUGGCGCUGUCCCUGGCUGAUAUGGCUGCACGCGCCCAGCAGCUUCUGUUCGGCAGGCCAGUCCUGUUGGCCAUGGGCCUGCCCUGCUCCGGGCUGAGAGCUUUCUGGAAGGUGGAGCACAUCAAGAGAGAGCAAGAAAAUGGUUGGAAACCGGUCGAGUCGUGGGACAGUAUACCUGCCAUGCACGACCACUUCUGCGCCCGGCUCAAGGAAGCGGCAAAGUCGCUGGGUUGUGCUGUCCAGUGGGAUCGCACCUUCAAGACCAACUCAGAUCCCCUCUACUGUUCCUUCGUGCGCUGGCAGGUUCGUGUCAGAUGA